AUGUCUAAUCAACAAGAUAGUAGUACACAAUUGGACAAGGAUGUCCAAGUCCAAGAACCUCAACAACCAUUAAAACCACGUGCGAAAAAUUUCUUUCGAAAACGACCUGGUAAUGAACGACAAAAUCAAGAUUUAGGUGAAGAUGAAAAUCGAGUAUCGAACGAUGAUGAUACUCAACGCUCAAAUAAUUCCGAUGAAAAUAAUCAGACAAAUACACGAGGUGGUCGUGGUCGACGAGGAGGUUUUCGACGUGGUCGUGGUCGCGGACGUUUUCCUCGUGGUGGUCCAUUUUAUGGCAACUAUUAUCAAGCUUAUUCACCUUAUACAAAUUAUAUGAAUGGACAAGGAGGUUUUUAUGCCCCUGAAGAAGGAUACUAUGGUCCAUUCUAUAAUGAUGGUGGUGAACUUGCAGAGCAAGAUGGUUUUAAUAAUUAUCCUACACGUGGUAAUCGUGGUGGUCGUGGACGUGGAGGACGCGGUGGACGCAGACGACGAGUAUCAAAAAAUGAAAAUGCUGAUAAUAACAAUAAUGAAAAUACUAAUACUGAUCAACAACAACAACAACAAGGUGAAGAAAAUAAAACAAGUAAACGUCGUCAACGUAGACAACGACGACGAACUAAUGAUAAUGGUUCAGGUACUGAACAACAAACUGAUGGGUAAGAAAUAUUUGAUUUUCUUUGU